UUGAUUGUUGUCGGAAGGCGACCAAAAGCGAAGUAACAGUUAAGGCAGUCAAAUUCGUUUGGAGAGGAAGUCUUUUCUGUGAAUUUAUUUGGAUCUGAAUGGUUUGAAACUAGCUAAAGGUCGUUUCACGAACUAACAAGAUUAGUGGAAAGUGUCGCGUGACUGAGGUUUGGCAGCGGAACUUUGAGCGGAUGAAUUAAAACUGUAAGGUUUAGUCAAGUUUGGAGAGAAGAAAUAUGGGAAACACCCAAACUGAGUAGCUGUGUCCAACAAAGGAUCUUGAAAAGGGUUUGAAUGUGAGUGGAGCUCAACAUUUACAGGCAUUGGCCAGUCCCCGGACAUCCAAGAGGCGAAAUUUUUUGGGUUCUCUAAGCAAAGGAACCCUGAGAAAAGGGACAAUAAUUACGCGUCCCAUGAAUCAAGAUUCUAUGCCCGAAGAAAUGGAGGAAGGCAAGGAAGGUGAUGCUGAAAGAAAACGAAUCAUGAACAUGGUGAAGGAAGGGAAAUUGUCUGUUGAAGAAGCCAUGAAGGAGGCAAAGAAUCUUGGAGUGAUUGCUUCUCCUGAACCAACAAAUGAUGAUGGGAAUGGAGAAGAGAAGAUCUUUAAUUUUGGAGUGUACAAGUAUGGCAGAGACAAGACAAGUCUGUCUAGAAGAAUUUUACAGUUUGAUUUUCAAGAGAAGGUGCUGUGUAUUAUUCAGAAAGGAAACAGAAACAAGAAAUUUGUAUUCACUGAUAUCAGAGGGUUCGACAGUGAGGAUGGUGUGAGGUUUUACAUCUAUCUUGAAAGUGAUUAUGAGCUUGAUGCUGACAGUAUUGAAGAGAAGAACAAGAUUUGUCAUCUAUUGGAUUCUAUUGUGACACAGAACAGAGGAGAUGAACCAGAUGGGGAAUUUAAAGCACCAUCACUUGAUGCUACAAAAGUUAUCAAAGAAGGCCAGGUUGAGAAGAAAGGUCACAGUGCAGCAUUUAUGAUGUGGCCCAGGCGAUGGCUGCGUAUCCAGCAGGGAGAAUUAUCAUAUUUUAAGUUGGGAGAGGAAAGCCAGGCUGCUUUGAACAUUGUCAAGCUUGGUCCUGGGCUGGCUGAAGUCAAGGGUGUGGAUCAUAAUGCUUUCAUUAUCAUCACAAGCAAGAAGGAAUACAGUUUCCGUGUGUUGAAUCUGAACAAUGCAGGCGAUAACGCUGUUGAGAAAGAAAGAGAUUCAUGGAUUGAGGCUAUAACUGCAGCUUCACAAGUGAGUUUCCGUCAAUCAAGAGCAGUGUCAUCAGUUCCUGAUGAUGCAGCCAUUGCAUCCUCUGCAAUAGAACAGGAAAAGUUUCUUAAAGAUGUCGUCCGAACACUUCAAAGGGAGUUGGAGCAGUUAGCAUCAGUAUUGUCUGUAGUUAAUGCACCUAUUCAAGCAACUGUGCAGGUAAAGAAGGUGAAAGAUGUUGUGCACAAUUUGGAUUCUCAAGUCAAAACAGGCGUGUUGUCAUGGACAAUGAGACAAGUGCUUCAAUCUAGGAAAGAUUCUAUCAAAGAUGGAGUCGCGGUCUUACCACAACACAGAAAAGAGUAUUUGAAAGACAGCAGCACCCAUGUACCUCAAUUCACCAAAACUUCACCUCCGAGAAGAAAAGACAGUGACAAGCUACCUAGCUUGCCAGCUCAACCUGAAGAUGGUUAUGAAAAAGUUGAACCCCCGCAGCGGACAAAAAAACCUAUAUCAGAACAGUCCUCACAUGUCAGCGGUGGACCCCCUCCACGGCCUCAUAAACCUUACGAGCUAUUAAACACAUCAGUCAGUGACAAUUCUCCAUCUACGCCUCGACAAACUGUCCCACCUGUGAGGCCUUCACGGGGUAGUAGUUCUUCUGUAAGUCACUAUGAAACUGUUGAAAUCAAACCUCAAAAACGCAAAGGAUCGGAUGGGGGAGAUGUUGGUGAGCAUACACCACCAAGGCCGCCUAAACCUGGUAGUGCUGUGAUUGAAGAUGACAACUCUAGUAUUUAUAUGCAGCCACCCAAACCCGUGAGUGUCGUAAACCCAAGCGAUGACUUCGAUAUUUAUGACAAUGUCCACAUCAAGAACGUUCCGUUAGGAACGAAAGGUAGUCUGCUUGAUGCUUUUACUGAAGAAACGAAAGAGUCUACUAUCGUUGGUGGUUCUACCGGAGAGGAAAAGGAAUCAGUGGCCACCGAAAAUGGAAUAGCUUCACCACGGACUCAGGAGACCAAGGAUGACGUCACAAAUAUCAUAGCAGGUGAAUCAACGGACGGUAACCUUGAAAUCGAUUCAGGGGGGAUGGGAUGUGAUAGUCUUGAGCAGGCAAUGGAAGAGCGACGGCAGGUUCUGCAGGAGAAAGAAACUAAAGAAGGUGUGGUGUUACUUUCUAGGCAGAAGCCGAACGAGAAAGGUUCUGAUCUGAGUCAUACCUAUGCUGCUGAAGAGAUCGGAGAUAAUAGACCUACUUCGGGCAGCAAUCCACCGCCUCCUCCACCCCUCCCCCCAGGAAUUCCCCCACCCCUCCCUCCAGGAGUGCCCCCUCCUCCUCCCUCACUAGGGGGUGUCCUUCCCGGAAAACCUUGUGCAGUCCAGUCCAGAGUUAAACUUCGACCUUUCUUUUGGAUACAAGUACCAAUGCAAAUGGUUUCCAACUCAAUGUGGAUGCAAGCCGCUGAUCGCACAAAGAGCAUAAACUUGGAUUUGCUCGAAGAAAUGUUUCAGAUAGAGGAGAAAGAAAAACUCAUGCCUACUGCUCCCACCAAACCCACAGCGAAGACGUUAUUGGAUCCAAAACGAGCACAGAAUCUUGGAAUUUUCCUGAGUGGGUUUAAACUGAGUACCAAGGAGAUUGACGAGAAACUGAGUGUGUUCAGAGAAGAGGAUGGCGCCUUGCCUAUGGAUCAUGUGAUUGCUUUGAAAAGGUUUCUUCCAUCAGCUGAAGAAUUUGAGAUGUACAAGAACUAUAAGGAAGAUCCCAGUGCAUUACUGCCAGAAGAUCAAUUUAUGAUGAAGCUUUGUGGGAUAAACGACCUGGAGAAACGUUUGGAUUUACUACUUGUCAUUUUGGAGUUUCCCCAACAGUUUGAAGAUCUUGUACCAAAUGUGAAUAAUCUCUUGCAUGCCUGCAACGAACUAUACAACAGCAAAAACUUUCGGCUUACCUUGGAAUACGUGUUGUCAGUUGGAAAUAUUCUGAACACAGGCAGUACCAGAGGCGGGGCAUACGGGUUCAGGCUUCACUCCUUACCAAAGUUGGCAGAUGUUCGAGGAAAUAACAAGAAAAACAACCUCCUCAAAUUCCUAAUCCUUCAACUCCAGCAGUCCAAUCCUGAAGCGUUAAAUUUUACAGACGAAUUGAAAACUGUCCAGAAAGCUGCAACGUGCUCAUCCAAAGCCUUGUUUGCUGAAGUAGAAGUGAUAAAGAAAGACCUGAACAAAAUCAAGAAACACUCGAGCGAGCUGUUUUUGAAGCGUCAACAGACCAAUCCAAAGGAUGUCAAACUCCACAACGACGUGGAAGCUUUUGUUAAUGAAUAUGAGCAGAAGAUAGAUGAUUUGGGUGAGCAGUGCAAGCAGAUGAAACAGAUCUACAACAAGGUCUUGGUUUCUUUCGGUGAGCCUCAGAGCAGUGAUUCAGAGGAAAUUUUUGAAGCCAUCAGCACUUUUAUCACACAGUUCAAGAUAGCGUUGAAAGAGCAGCAGCAUGGCAAUAAGCAGAACAAGGGUAUCAAAUUGGAGGGCCUCAGCGAGGCCAUAGCGCAGAGGCAGAAGUCGAUAGGUGACUCCAUUUCAGUGGCCUCUAUGAGUUCUUUAUCGUCAACAUCAAGAACCUCCGGCCAAGACAAUGUUGAUGAAAACAAAACCAGUCGGAACGAUCAGAACAGAGACAAAAUUCUUGAAAGAAAGCCAUCAAAUAAAGAUGCGAACACUUCUUCUCACGCACCACCCCCUGUCAUUCAUAAACAGUUGAGCACCAAAUUACCGCCAAAAUCACACUGGAGAGCGAAUCAAAAACCAACAAGGAAAGGUUUCCUGGACAAGCUCAGCGGAGGCAAACAUCAUUCUCCGAAAUGGGACAACAGAUAUUUCGAGCUCACGGACACGGGAUAUCUUAAUUACUACAAGAAAGCUGAUGGCGGCAAACCUAUCAAUUCCAUCUAUUUGAGAGGUUGCCCUCUGGAGAUAGAUCCCAACGACCCUCUUGUAAUUCUCAUUAAGACCGAGGAGAGAGAAUGGAACUUGAAAGCAGUAACUGCUGAGGAGGCCUGCGCAUGGAAAGAGGUUCUGUCAUUUUACACUGACAAACUGAACUGAAGGCUCAUUAAUAACUCAAGGGAUAAAUUUUUGCAAGCGCAUUCGAACAAUGGGCUUAAUUUUACGGUUUGAGACCGAAAUUGAUCCUGGUCCUGCUGUUUGACAAUUGGGAUGAUCCAGGAUUUAAAUUCAAUCCGAGGUUAUUUUGCUUAGAAUGAUUUCAAGCCUGAGAAUUACAUAAACUAUGAAAGAAAUGAAGAGGAAACGAAAGUUAUCUUAAAAUUGAAUUUGACGACAACCUUGGAUUUCUUCAAAGACUUAUUCGAACAAGUGGGGCUAGGCCUCGAACCGAUUUAUCAAAUUUCCACUCAAGUUCUCUUUUCUUUCAAAAUGAAAUUCUUGCCGUAAUGCGAUAUUGUUGUUCAGUUUAAAAGGCUUCGCAUCCUGUGUCAAUUAUUUAAUUAUCAAAAAAGUGUACUUACCUAGUAACUGGCACACCAUGCAUCCAUGUAUGUUACUUAACGUAAACUCUUCUCAAAGUGUUGGGGAAUUUUUAUUAUUAUUAUUAUUAUUAUUAUUAUUAUUAUUUGUGCUGAAAACUGUUGAACAGGUGAUCGAUUUUCAUUAUAUACCAUCCAAUUUUUAAUAUAAACAAAUGAAUGGAAGAAAAAUAUGAAUCAAAAAUGAAAAAGAUACUUAAAAUUCAUGAAAAUGGUUUAAAUCAUUUAUUCCCAAGAUUGUGUAGUUAUAUAGGAUUGUGUAGGUAUAUAAUUAAUGAUUUAAGUACGUUAAAUUUUAUUAAUUCAUCAUUUUGCGAGAGACAUGAAAAAGAGACUUCACGCAAUUUACUGAACUACUAUCUUUGGUAUUUCUCUUACCGCUUACGCUACUUGGAAGACCUCAGCAUUUGUCAUAACUCGAGAACUGAUGGUAAUAUAAAUUAUUUUAAGCAAUUCAUUCGAUGUAAAGGAACUUGCGAAAUAUCACAACAGAAUUAUGAAUUAUAAUCAUGCGUUAUUGUAUUAGAAACGUUUAGUACAAGAUCUUUGUUGUCUUACACAUUUUAUUUACUUUUGUGCGGUUGGUGCGAGUCUGGUUGAAUUUCUUGACGCAGGUGUGACAUUUCUGAGUAGUAUAGUGAUUGAACGGUAUAGAUCAUCAACCCUAGGGCCUAAAAAUCUGAAAUAAUCCAUGAAAAAUAUAUAACUCUAAUCUGUAAAAGUGAUCUGUAGAAGUGAUCUGUGAAAAUGAUCUGGAAUAAAUUUGUAAACUGGUAUGACAAAAUCCAAAAAUCCAAAAAAAAUCCAGAAAUUUUAAACUUUAUGGAAAAAUUAAAAUCAUAAAACACAGCCUCGAAAUGGCUUCUUCUUAAUCUUGUUUUCAAAUUAAAACACUUAAAUUUUUUCAAUUCUAUUUAUAGUAUGAGAGAUGUGUGAUUAUAAUAUUCAUUUAGCAUUAUAACAUAACCAAAGUAAAGCGCGCGCUCUGAUUGGUCAAUUUA